AUGGCGGACUCAGACUUUCCAUUCUAUAGACCCGGGAGGACAUUUUAUGACGAUGAUAUGAGCAGGGCAUCUUCAUACGUGAAACAGAAGAAAAAGGUCGACAAUGAGAAAUUCGCUUUAGGUCGAAGGGGAAUCCUGGUCUUCUUUACUUUGUCAGUUCUUACCUUGAUGGCCGCUUUGGAUGGAACGUCGUUAUCUGUUGCUUUACCUGAAAUUGCAAAAGAACUCAAUGGAACAGCCAUCGAAGCAUUCUGGAGUGGAACUUCGUUCCUAUUAUGCUCAACAGUAUUUCAACCAAGCUUCGCCUCUUUCUCGAAUAUUUUCGGCCGUCGACCUAUGAUUAUGAUCGCCCUUAUAUUCUUCUGUGUCGGAGCUGCGGUCUCAGCAAUCGCCAAUAAUUUCACCUACAUGUUGAUCGGCCGAUCAAUCCAAGGUGUCGGUGGAGGUGGCAUUAUAUCCCUAAGCGAGGUCAUCAUAACUGACCUUGUCCCUCUGCGAUGGCGUGGUCAGUACUUCGGUAUCCUCAGUGCAAUGUGGAGUGUUGGAUCCGUAACGGGACCUAUUCUUGGAGGUGGAUUCUCCGAAAAUGUGUCUUGGCGAUGGAUCUUCCAUAUCAACUUCCCAUUCAUCGGAGUUGGCGGGAUUCUCGUAAUCUUGUUCCUGAACCUCAAGCUUGCUCCCAGUUCAUUAAUGGAGAAGCUUCGUCGGAUUGAUUAUUUCGGCACCGUCCUAUUCGUUGGAAGCAUGUCAUCCUUCUUGAUUCCCCUCAGUUGGGGUGGAGUUUCAUACGACUGGAACGCGUGGCAAACCCUUGCACCUCUCUGUGUAGGAGGGGUUGGGCUCAUCGUUUUCGGAUUUUACGAGUAUUACUUCGCCUCCGAUCCGAUUGUCCCGCCUGUGAUAUUCCAGAACCGCACGGCAAUAGCUUCAUUCAUUGGGAGUAUUUUUCAGGGCUUGAUCCUAUGGUGUGCCCUCUAUUAUCUGCCUCUGUAUUACGAGGCAGUGAAGGAGUAUAGCCCCAUUAUCUCCGGUGUUGCGCUAUUCCCCGAGACAUUCACUGUGGCUCCCAGUGGGAUGGUAGCUGGCGUCCUGAUCACGGUAACGGGUCGUUACAGAUGGGCUAUCUGGAUCGGAUGGGCUUUUUCAACUGUCGGACUUGGUUUGAUGUGUCUGAUCAAGGUGAAUACCAGUAUGCUUGGUUGGAUCUUCCUCAACAUUGUGCCAGGCCUUGGAUUGGGUAUUCUCUUCCCAUCUCUUGGUUAUGCGGUGCAGGCAGCGACGGAGCCUGAAAACCUCGCUAUCGCGGUUGCCAUGUUUAGUUUCUUCCGUGCUCUUGGCCAAGCCAUUGGCGUUGCUGUUGGUGGUGUUGUUUUCCAGAACCGCAUGUUCACCAAUAUCUCGAGAUAUCCUGCUCUGGCUCCUAUGGCUGAGGCGUACAGCAAGGAUGCCGCGGGCUUGGUCCAAGUGAUCAGGGCGAUGGCGGAUGGCGCUGACAAGGCGAAUCUCAAGGAAGCGUAUACGGACAGUUUACGCACGGUGUGGAUAGUCUGCUGUGGGGUGUCAGGUGUGGCAAUGUUGGUCAGCCUCUUGACUGAACACUAUGACCUUGACCGUGCAUUGGAGACGGAUCAGGGUUUAUGUGAGGAUUAUGAUGAUGAGUCUAUUAACAGUUUGAAGGACUUCGAGAUCCGGACAGAUCGGGGAAUAACCGAAGAGCCUAGACCGUGGGCUUGGUAG